GUUUAAAGUUACAAAUUUAAAGAAAAAUUUUUUAAGGGAAAAAAAAAGGAGCACCAUUCAAAGUUCAAACAUAUUAGUACUUUCUUCACUCCUCACUCUCUACUUCUACAACUUCUACACUCAACAAACAAGCGCUGCUCCACUCUACAGCUACAUAGUAGUACUUCUUGUGACUUUUUCUGUGUCCUAUAUAUAUAUAUACACACACAUAGAGUCUUCAAUCUCAGAUUCUCAUUUUAUUUUACCCACAUUUCCAUUCAUCCACCGUUUCCAACGACCAUGCCAUCACCACCGCUUACGGUGUUCCUUACAGUUAUUUUCUUAUCCCUUCUUGCCGGAGCGGUGCCGGCUGUUCAGUGUUGGCGGCCGUGGCCCAAUCAGAAACCCAACUCCACCGAUCUUAUCUUUGGUGGGUCCAAGAAAUAUGAGGGCUCCUCUGAGUUUGUUAAUUUAAGGUACCAUAUGGGUCCGGUGCUCACUGCUAAUAUCACCGUGUAUCCUAUUUGGUACGGGGUUUGGCAAAAUUCCCAGAAGCGGAUCAUCCGGGAGUUUAUCAACUCCAUCUCCGCCGUUGAUUCCAAGCCGCCUUCCGUUUCCGGGUGGUGGAAAACCGUCCAGCAGUAUACUGACCAGACCGGUGCUAAUAUCUCCCGCCACGUCAUCCUGGGGGAGGAGAAAAACGACCGGUUCUAUUCCCACGGCAAAUCCCUGACCCGGUUGUCGAUUCAGUCGGUUAUCAAAAGCUCCGUCACGGCCCGAACCAAGCCGUUGCCGAUUAACCCCAAGAGUGGGGUUUAUCUUUUGCUCACAUCCCAAGACGUGUACGUCCAGGAUUUCUGCAACAACGUCUGUGGGUUCCAUUAUUUCACAUUCCCUUCGAUUGUGGGAUACACGCUGCCGUACGCGUGGGUGGGGAAUUCCGCCAAGCUCUGCCCCGGGGUUUGUGCUUACCCCUUCGCCGUUCCGGCGUAUAUCCCCGGGUUGAAACCGGUGCAGCCGCCGAACGGCGACAUCGGGGUGGACGGGAUGAUAAGCGUGAUCGGACACGAGAUUGCUGAGCUGUCGACCAACCCGCUGGUGAACGCGUGGUAUGCGGGUCAGGACCCGGUGUUCCCGGUGGAGAUUGCGGAUCUGUGCGAAGGGAUAUAUGGGACAGGCGGAGGCGGGUCGUACACCGGGCAGAUGUUGAACGGGGCAGAUGGGGCAACGUACAACAUGAAUGGGAUCCGACGCAGAUUUUUGCUGCAAUGGGUUUGGAACAAUCAAUUGAAUUAUUGCACUGGCCCAAAUGCCCUUGAUCACUAGUAAAUUGUUCAUUUACUGCUUACUGUUAUUGUGGAGAAAGGGGAAAGGGAUGGGAUAUGGUUGCCUUAUUUUGCUCUGUUGGUUGAUAUAUGAUUCUCAUUUUCCUGCUUUGUUUUUUUUUUUUUUUUUUUUGCAUUGAGUUUGUUAAAAUAUUAGCAGUUCAUAUAUAUAGCAAUGUUAUAGAAUUAGUUAAAAAUUUCCCCUACUUUUGGAAUAUUUACGUAUUAGUUAUAUUAUUACUAUGAUUACUACUAGUAAUUCUGUAUAUACUACUACUAUGGGAUAGGGUAGAUAAAGAGUUACUCUUGUAUUUUGGACUUUCUAUGGAAAUAAUCAGCAUUGUCCUGAGCAAAUUGUUUUUGGCCAGAUUUUUGGUCCAGCAUUUUGCCUGCCGGAAUGAGUCAAAAUUUCCCCAGGCCAAUAGAAAUGGAAACGCAAGAACAAGAACUAGUACGUUAAUUAAUAAUGGUGUGCCCGCCCUUUCUUUUGUGCAUGGGGAGGUUGACGUUUGCCACAUCAUAGUUUGAAAAUUGAGCCUUGUUGCCAAUAAAGUAAACGUUAAUCAUUAGACUCACGUUGCUGUAAUUUUUUUUAAAGUAACCUUGGGAAUUCUAUCAGGAACGCCCCCCCGUUAUAGCCAGAAAUGUAUAGUAGUAAAAUUUUGCGGGAGGCUUUUAUAGUUUUAUGCUUCUAAAUUCUAACCAUGUAAUUUCAGUGCGAAAAAAUAAUGAGGCGUGCAGUCUGAGAAUGGUGAAUUCUCACCUGGUGGGAUUAGCUGUAAUUCUGUACUGACGUCUAUCGGGCAUCGGGGCAUCAAAUAUCACUCUUAAAACCCUUCUGGCCGAAAUGAAUACUUUGAAUGCAUUAAAGUUUCUAGUCCAGAAGUUGGCCGGUGCCCUGUGUCGAAUGAGAUGUGGUUAUUUUUGGUUUUUGUCAAAUUGCAGUAAUUAUGGCUGGCAAAUACACCACCGC